CUUUGUCAUGGAACUAACUGACGUUAACCGUGAAGACCGUUAAAACCUUUAAAACCGUUAGCCGCCACAUUAAAUAUGUCAGACAUUAGCCUCCAAUAAAGUAUUCACGUUAUUAUACAACCAGAUAAAAGAAAUAGAAGAGCUGUGAAGAGAGGCAGCUAUCUCACAUGUCUGUGUGAUUCUGACUAUGCUGCUCUUGGUAGCGCUGGGCAUAGUUUUUUCUUUCACUGUGGUCACCGCUGAGAAGGCUGAGAACACCAACCACAAACCACCAGCACCGCUGCUCAACCACAGCUGGAUCUCCCUGCCGCCAGAGCACGUACCCUACUUCCUCUACAACAACAAGAGGGUCGCUAAGCAAUGCCGCCUGGACCCACUCUGCCCUUUUAAAGAUGCUCUGCAGGAUCUGUCUGCCUGUUGGGGCUACGAGAAGAACUGUGAUCCAGGGAAGCGCUUUAGCUAUCCAGUCUGCACCAAAGCUGACUCUGGAUGGGCCCGUUCUCUGGAGGCAGCCCAGGAGCUUUUCUGGAAGCAGGCUGAUUUUGGCUACGUCAAGGAGCGCCUCUCUGAGCUCAAAACACUCUGCACGGCCAACAAGCCAGGGGACUCAUCAUUAAGAUGUAGCAGCCACACUCGCUACUGUAAGGCAACUAACCUUUACCUGGACCUACGUAAGCCGCGCAGAAGUCUUGAGAGGUACAAUGAGGACUUCAUUCAGAAGGGUGAGAUUGGCGGAUGUUGCAGACUGAACAAGCGAGCACUUGCUGCCGAGGGAGAGCACAAGAGCCCCUUGCAAUCUUGGUAUGCUGAGCUGCAGACAUACACAGAGCUGGACUUUCAUCCCAUAGAGGAUGGACACUGUGACGUCGUCAUUGAAAAGCCCACUGUUUUCAUGAAACUGGAUGCUGGGGUGAACAUGUAUCACCAUUUCUGUGACUUUGUCAACCUCUACAUCUCCCAGCACAUUAACAACUCCUUCAGCUCAGAUAUCAACAUCAUCAUGUGGGACACGAGUUUUUAUGGUUAUGGAGAUCUGUUCGGUGAAACAUGGAGAGCCUUCUCAGACUAUGACAUCAUCCACUUGAAGACCUAUGACUCAAAAAGAGUGUGUUUCAAAGAUGCCUUCUUCUCCCUCCUCCCGAGAAUGAGAUACGGCCUCUUUUACAACACGCCUCUCAUCUCCGACUGCUACAGUGACGGGAUGUUUAGGGCGUUCUCCCAGCACGUCCUCCAUCGACUGAACAUCCCGCAAGACGGGCCGAAGGAGGGGCGUGUUCGUGUCACCCUGCUGGCUCGCAGCACAGAAUACAGAAGGAUAUUAAACCAAGUGGAGCUGAUAAAUGCCCUCAAGACGGUGCCUUUACUGGAGGUCAACGUGGUGGACUACAAAUACAAGGAUGUUCCCUUCCUGGCGCAGCUGAGGAUCACCCACAACUCUGACAUCUUUAUAGGGAUGCACGGGGCGGGUCUCACACACCUCCUCUUCCUCCCUGACUGGGCUGUCAUCUUUGAGCUAUAUAAUUGUCAGGAUGAGAGCUGCUAUCGAGAUUUGGCUCGGCUGCGGGGCAUUCGAUACGUGACUUGGCAGAAAAUGGACAAAGUGCUCCCACAGGACAAGGGUCACCAUCCAACCCUCGGGGACCAUCCCAAGUUCACCAACUACUCCUUUGACGUGGGGGAGUUCAUGCGCCUCGUGCUGGAGGCAGCUGAUUACGUCACACACCAUCCCAAAUGGCAGCGUCGCACCCUUCACGAUGAACUCUAGAGUCUCUGUGAGUGUGGGACACAGACAUCUCUGCCGCUGAAGAACUUUUUAACAUGAGCUGUUUGUUCUCUUCACAUUUUUUUUAAAGUUAUCUUAUCCAUCAGUGGUUCCGGUUGAGUGUUUUGUCACCUCCUGUCCGCUGCUUUGAUAGGUCUGGAUGAGUGAAAGCAAUGUGGCGGACAACUCGGGAGGGGUUGAAUAGCUUCCACCAGCUCCAUUAGUGUCAAAUCAGUUAAAGGACGAGGCGCGUGCAGUCGCAGCAUCUGGAGAGCGAUAAGAUGUGUCCUAUGUUUCUUCAUUACCUCCGCUGCGUCUACUUCAUUCCACGCCGACAAAGUUAGCUAAUGAGCAGCUGUUACGGCGUCCCUUCACACGCGACAUCUUGUCACAUUUGAUCAGUGUCUCCUUGACGCCAGCCUCUUCAGAGCUGUUGACAAUCACACCAGAGUUUACUGAGCACAUGCAGCACACACCGGCCUAAUAUGCUGUGCAGUACUCACAUGCUGGAUUCAUGCAUAUAGACUUUUAGUUUGACAUAUAAUUAAAGUUAUGCUCAUCACAAACACCCUAAAAGUAAUAGACAGACAAGAGGGACUUUUAUAUCAGUAUUAGCGUUCGUAUGUGUGCAACUACAGCAAUACUUUUAAACACACUAAACAUUACUAACAUUAAGUACUUUCAAGUAUUUGUCAGUAAAAUUCAACACUCCAUUGUUUCAUGUAAUAUGAUGAAAAAUAAUGUUUACUAUUGUUCCCUAAAUAUCAAAAAUAUCAGGCAGACUUUUUAAAUGUAUCUUUUAUUUUUGUGUCUUUAUGUACAGUUUACAUGGUCUUCUUUUAUAAUCGUAACAUUUAUUAUUUAAAAGAAUGUAUGUCUUGUUGGUUUGAUACAGAUGUCUGUUUUUAUUAUUAAUUCCUUUGCAUUUUACCAAAGGAAAUAUAUUGUGGUCAAAUAACAAGGGUGCUGCUGUUGUUUGUUACCUUUCCGAAAAUAUCUUGAAUGCUGUUUGUUUUGUAUUUUACACGUCUAAAAUGGAAUGAGCACAAUUUUGCAUGCAGUCUGACGCAAUGCACAGGAGUAUUUUUAAGCGUUCAGAUCAUUUUUCGUGUUUUCUCGGCCUCUCCUUGAGCUUGAUGUUUUAUUUAUCGAUGAAACCGUGUUGAACUCAAUCCGGACCUUUUUUGGGUCAGGGCUUGUAUAGGCGAUUUCAUAUUCAGAAGCCGUGUAAUAUUAUGAAAUAAAUAAUUCCUAAAAAAAA